AUGGACCUGGCCACUAUGCGAGAGCUACCAACUGAAUCCGCAGCGACUCUCCAGCCCUCAGAUGAGCAUAGCGACACACUUCUUGCCCUCGCCUCCGCGGUUCUACUUCAACUCGACACCGACGCUACAUGUCCUGUCUUCGUUAAAAACAUCUUUCAGGAUGUUGAGGACGUUCUCUGGUACCUUCGCGAAGCACAGAUCACUUUUCUCCCUGACCUUCUGGAGCUUCUAGUGACUGGAGAACCCCCUUCCGCACAGCACUUCCUUGGCGGAUCUCUUCCUCUCAAGAAUGGAUAUGGUCUUUACGUGCUGGUGCUAAGGAAGUGGAUAGGUGAUGCAUUCACUGGCGACUGGAUAUACGAUUACCGACUGUAUCUCGGCAGUGGGACUGAGAAAAGAAGGGGCAUCCGCACAAGAUUUGGUGAUUACGAUCGCGACGAAGGCUACUCAGAUGGUGUGGCAGGUGCCAUACACUUUGGCUGGCAGAUUGCACACCGAUCGAUAAUUGCAUGGGCUCCUCUAGUUGAACCAGUCCGACAUUUUCAGCUUCAGAUGCUGUUUCUUACAUUAGAAGCCACUUUCAGCCACGUCUUCGCAAUGCACGACCAUAACUACAUGAAGAGUUUGGAGAAGAGCUUCUGGAAUCCAGCCACCCUCGACUACCAAGGGCUGUGCAGCGGAAGUAGCCUACGAGAAAUCCAUGAACUCAAGGGUUUCUUCGAUUUGAGUGAAGAGGAGCUAAGAGCGGAGGUAGAAGCUUUGGAGAAGAAGGCAAAAGAACGGCGAGACCGCUACGUAAUAUCCCCAGAAGCGAGGGUAAGGAGGAAUGAGGCCCGGAAAGAACGGAGAAAGGAUCCUAGAGUUGCAGCGAAACAGAAUGAGGCGAUGAGGGCGUAUAAUAAGAAGCAGCGGAAUACCCCAGAAGGCAAAGCGAAGAAGGCUGCUGAGAACAAGGCGUAUAAUCAGACACCAAAGGGUAAGGCAGCUCAAAGGAAGUCUCGUCUGAAGAAGAAGCUGGCAAAGGAGGCAAAGGAGAGAGCGGAGACAGAGUGA